CACACGAGACUUCGUUCUCGUCUCUAUGGUGUAUUGGUCCGCGCCGCGCUGUAUGAUGGGAAGUGGGAGGUGUGUAAAGCCUCAGAAGAAAAAUGGCGGCGGUCGUGUUAUCCUUGAGACGAAGCGGCUCUGUGCUGCGGACGGCGGGGGCCAUACAGAUCUCCCGAGGAGCUCAGACCGCAGCUGCACCCGCCUCCGAAGCCGCAGCCCGCAUAAAGAAAUUUGCAAUCUACAGAUGGGACCCUGACAAGCCCGGGGAUAAGCCCCGCAUGCAGACAUACGACAUUGACCUGAAUGCCUGUGGCCCUAUGGUUCUUGACGCGCUCAUCAAGAUUAAGAAUGAGAUCGAUCCCACCUUGACCUUCCGCAGAUCCUGCCGCGAGGGUAUCUGUGGAUCUUGUGCCAUGAACAUUAAUGGUGGAAAUACGCUGGCGUGCACCGUAAAGAUUGACACUAACCUGAGUAAAGUCUCCAAAAUCUACCCCCUCCCUCACAUGUAUGUUGUGAAGGAUCUGGUGCCUGAUCUGAGUAACUUCUACGCACAGUAUAAAGCCAUAGAGCCUUAUCUAAAGAAGAAGGAUGAUUCCAAAGAGGGCAAGGAGCAGUAUUACCAGUCCAUUGAGGACCGAGACAAGCUGGACGGGCUCUAUGAGUGCAUCCUCUGCGCUUGCUGUAGCACAAGUUGUCCCAGUUAUUGGUGGAAUGGAGACAAGUAUCUGGGCCCAGCCGUCCUCAUGCAGGCCUAUCGGUGGAUGAUCGACUCCCGAGAUGACUUCACUGAGGAACGGUUAGCCAAACUGCAGGACCCGUUCUCCCUGUACCGCUGCCACACCAUCAUGAACUGCACUAGGACAUGUCCCAAGGGCUUGAACCCCGGUAAGGCCAUCGCUGAAAUAAAGAAAAUGAUGGCGACUUACAAGGAGAAGGCGGCGCAGGCCUAACGCCGCACAACACGUUCACCCGCUCGGUAUGACACCACCCACAGCGCUCCCUUUCCUGUGAGGAGUUCUCGUCAGCGCCGUUUCUGAGCUCCGCCCAUUGCGCUGCUGAGAGUUUGCUGGACUUUUCUGCUGCUUCUUUGUGUUUUUCCUUUGGAGGAAGUGAAGUAAAUGACUAAAUUGUACCUGAAAUUCAUCUAAUUAUUAAAGCUUCUGGGCUCUG